AUGACCAUGGCCGUUUCGGCUAAAGUUUCCCCUUCAAAAGACCUUGCUCAACUUGAGGAAGCCCAAAACGAUGCAGAGCCGCCUAACGAGAAAAUGAAAAUGGAAUCGCUUUUUGAAGGACUUGGAAGCUUUGGAAGGUGAGUAACUAACUAGAUUGUCUACAUAGCUGGAUAAACUUUCUACAUUACAAAUAGCUUCUUACAUGGUUUCAUGACUCUGCUAUUACACGUUUAUGUAUGUUAGUAUGUAGCCUUGGGGUCUCCGCAUCCAUUGAAUAGAUCAAAGCGAUUGUCGACACUGUUGAUCAGUUACAGUAACAAACUAGAAGAAUAUCAGGUUUCCCCCCAAUUCCUUUGUUUUUCGAUCUUAUUUCAACUACACAGUAUCUUGAAAUAUCCGUAGAAAGCAGGUUUAUCAUCAAUUGGUUUCGAAAUGUUUUUGCAAAAGUUUGGAACUGAUUGAUAAACAGCGAAUAGACUACAGUAUCCACCGACAAUUACUUCCUUUUUCAGGUUUCAACAAGUUCAGUUCGUUCUGAUAUGCAUUCCCAUCGCAUUUGUCUCUAUGCAUGUGAUGAGUUGGACUUUCGUAGUCUCCUCAGCCAGAAAAAUGUGAGUUUAGCAGUUACGCGUUCUUCCAUCAGAAGAUGCGAGGGUGUAUUGUUGUGAUACGAUCACUGUCAAUAACUGGUAAUUGGGCCAGAUAGAUUUGUGAUUUAUCAACGUGGUGCGUGCAUCGAAACAACCGAUUGCUUCAAUUCAGAUGUGACAAAUCGAACGAAACGGAGACAAGCGGAUGCAGGGAACUAGCGUAUUCCGCAUCGGACAGGGUAAUCAAUGAUUGAUGGAACACAGAACAGUUUGCAACGUUUUAGUGGGAGAUGGAGGGAGACAACGCCUGGAUUCGGGCAACUGUCCAGGCUCUCUAUUUUAUCGGACAAAUGAUCGGCUCGUUCACUUGCGGAGUGAUGGCUGACAAGAUCGGACGCAAGAAGGUUCUCUUCUGGUGCUUAGUUCUUCAAGUGACGUGUGCGCUCACGCUGAUCAUAGCCCCUACUUGGUGGAUUUAUGCCAUCGUUAAGUGAGUCAUCGAAUCUGAGAGGCAUGACAAAUUUAAACUUUCCAGAGCUGGAACAGGAUUCACCCAACCGGGAAUCUACGGAGUCGCUGUUGUACUUGGAAUCGAGUUGGUCGGCAAACAGUAUCGCAGCAUUAUCGCAGUCAUUGCCAAUGUUUUCGGAGUGUUCGGAGGGGUCUUGCUGGCUGUUCUUGCCUACUUUAUUGUCGACUAUCGCCUUCUACACGCUUCUAUAGCCAUUCCAUCACUCAUUUUCAUCACCUACUGGUGGUAGGUUAACAAAUAGAUUCUAGAGAUAGGGUUGCAUUCCAGGAUCAUUCAUGAGAGUGCUCGAUGGCUUGUAUCGCAAGAAAAAUACGACGAAGCCAAUGUGGUGCUCUAUGCCGCCGCCAACAUGAAUAAGAAAAAGAUUCCAAGUGAUUGGUCACACAGAAUAGAGAAGAAAGUUGACGUGACCGCGACGAAGAAGAAGGACUCGUUCGGAGUGUUUGAUCUGGUCAGGACGCCUCAGAUGAGAAAACGAACUCUCACCAAUUUCAUCAUGUGGUAAGAAAAGAAAAAUAGGCUCGAGACGAAUGACAUUCUUAGGCCAGUGACUACCAUGAUGUACUACGGAAUGACGAUGAGAAGUGAUGUCGGUGGAGGAAGUCUUUUCGUCACUUUCGUCACUUCACAGCUUAUGGAGCUACCCGCAGUUAUCAUCGUCGCUCUCCUGAUUGACCGACUUGGAAGAAGGAUAAUGUAUUCCGGAUCCAUCUUUCUCGCAGGACUUCUCCUUCUCACCAAUUGGCUCACUCAUGAUCUGAUUCCUAAUCAAUGUGCCGUGAUUCUUCUAAUGAUUGCCAAGGGAGCCGUGUCCAUGGCUUACACCGUCAUGUACACCUACACAUCAGAACUUUUCCCAACAGUGAUCCGAAACACUGCAGUAGGAUGUUGCUCGACAAUCGCCAGAUUCGGUGCAAUCACUGCGUCAUUCAUUGCUUUCUUUUUGGUAAGUUUUAGACCACUUUCGUUCCAGACUAUUUCCAAAACUCAAUUUUAGGUGGAGCGCUACGGGCGGAUAGUUAUGAUUAUCCCGUUUACAAUUCUGGCUCUUUGCGCCUCCGUCGUCUCGUGGCUAUUCCUGCCAGAGACAGUAAACAAACAACUUCCGGAUUCGAUUUCCGAAGUGGAAGGAAACACGAUUUAA